UCCUAAUUUUCUUUGCCUGCUCUAUCUCUCCGUUUCUCUUUGUGUGAGAAAGAGGGAAGAGGAGGAAAUGGCUCAUCGAAGGCUCCAGAACUACAUUGACACCUUGAAGAACGAGGGCAUCAUGGAUGGAGAGUAUGAGGAGAGCAGGAGAGUACAGAGUGGAUCAAAUCUUCCAAAUUUCAUGAUGGAUCUCAUCAACUCUUUCUUGCGUGACGGCGACAACAGCAUGAGAGAACUGGCCGACCUUCUGAGUUCAAGAAACGUGGAUUUUGCUAAAGUCACUAGAGCUGCUCACCUGAUCAAAGGAGGUGGCAACAGCCUUGGUGGUUGCCGGGUGGUUGCAGCAGCUCGUGCGCUUAUAAAUGCUAGCCUUGUUGAGGACAAGCAAAGUUGCGAGACAUCAUAUGAACAGGUGGUGAAUGAGUACUACCACUUCCGUGACAAACUCAGAACCCUGUAUCAGAUGGAGAGGGCAGUCAUCAACAAUGAGUCGAGAAGGAGAGGAUAAAAGCUGUUGGUGUUUCACUCAGUCGUGUACACAGAUGAGAAGAUUUCAUCUGUCUAUGAAAAACUUGCUGAUGAAAUCCAAAGUUCCUGCUAUGUCUAAAUUAUCAGAGACCAAGUGCUUUCUGUUGGCUUUGGGACCAUGCACCAAGUACUUUGGAUGUUUGUUUAUCGUUCUCUAGUAAUGGACAUCUAGGUCUUUUAAAGUGGUAAAGCUGAUUUUGGGUAUUUGAGAAA